AUGUCGAAAACAAAUGUUGUUUUUCAUCCAAUUAUCAGUUCUAUCCAACGUAUUGCCUUAUAUGAGACAAAAGCAAGAUUUUAUCUCAUAGGUUCUAAUAAUACCCAGACAAGAUUCCGGGUUUUGAAAAUAGAUAGAACUGAUCCAAGAGAAUUAGAUCUAGUUGACGAUAAAGUAGAGUACAACAAGCAGGAAAUUCAUCAACUGCUAAGCAUGAUAGGCUUUGGCAAUAGAGGCAGUCGCUCUGUUGGAUUCAACAAAUUAGUGUCAGCAUUUGGUAUUGUAGGAUUCAUCAGAUUUCUUGAAGGAUACUACAUAAUUUUAGUAACGAAACGGAGAAAGAUUGCUGUAAUAGGUCCACAUUCCAUAUAUAAAAUCGAAGACACAGCUAUGAUUUACAUACCUAAUGAUACAAGUAAACCCCAACAUGCAGAUGAACAAAGAUAUGUGAAAAUGUUUUUAGCUAUUGAUUUAUCAACAAAUUUUUACUACAGUUACAGCUAUGAUGUUACUCAUACAUUGCAAAUGAAUAUAGCACCACCAAGAAAAUUAGCUCCAGCCUUGUUUCCCGAACCAGUAACAGCUGCUGUAUACCAGUCGAAUAUCAGGUCUAAAUCAAACAAAGAAUGUAAAUGUAAUGUCAUAGAAGAUGAUGAAGAUAUUUUUGAAACUUGGAAAGAACAGUUACAGCAAAGAGAAGCAAAAAUAGGCCAGACAUCCUCAAAGCUAGAAUUUGGUGUCCGCACUGUACCGGAAUGGAGAUUUGUGUGGAACAGCCACUUGCUAUCUGUGGUUCAUUCACAAUUACAUCCAGAUUGGAUACUAUAUAUCAUUCAUGGUUUUAUAGAACAGAGUAACUUGAAUAUUUUUGGUCGGCCAAUAUAUUUAACCCUUAUAGCUCGACGGAGUAAUAGAUAUGCAGGCACUAGGUUUUUGAAGAGAGGUGCUAACAUGCAUGGAGACGUAGCUAAUGAAGUAGAAACAGAACAAAUUGUCCAUGAUUCAAUGAUCUCAUCAUUCUCAAAAGGCAGAUUUAGUUCAUUUGUGCAAAUGAGAGGUUCAAUACCCUGUUUCUGGUCCCAAGAUGUCUCCAAAAUGGUGCCCAAACCGGCCAUAUCCAUUGACAGGAGUGACCCCUAUGCGCAAAUACCUGCAAAACAUUUCAACAACUUGAUGCAAAGAUAUGGAUCACCAAUAAUGAUAUUGAAUUUAGUGAAGAAACAUGAAAAAAGAAAGCAUGAAUCACUACUCACACAAGUUAUAAGUAGUGCUGUGAAAUACCUUAAUCAAUUUUUGCCUCCAGAGCAUGCAAUUCAAUACUUUCAUUUAGAUAUGGCCCGAAUCAAUAAGGGGGCGGAUGCUAAAGUUCUUGAUAAACUUUCAGCAAUAGCCCGUACAGUAGUUCGGCGGACGGGAAUAUUCCUAAGCCGUAGUGGAUAUAGCGAAGAAUUGGGGGUCGAGGGUCACCAAGGGGGAAGACUCCAAACGGGACUUGUGCGCGUCAAUUGCGUGGAUUGUCUUGAUAGGACGAACACAGCUCAAUUCGCUAUUGGAAAGUGCGUUUUGGCUCAACAGCUUCACGCGCUCGGCCUAAUCGCCGAGCCAGUGAUAGAGUUCGACUCUGAUUGCGCCCGAUUACUCGAAGGCUUGUACGAAGACCACGGGGACACAUUGGCUUUACAGUAUGGUGGAUCUCAAUUAGUUCAUAGGAUUAAAACAUAUCGUAAAACUGCGCCGUGGUCAUCACACGGGAAUGAUAUAAUGCAGACAUUGAGCCGGUACUAUUCGAACACAUUUUCUGAUGCUGAGAAACAAAAUACGAUGAAUUUAUUCCUCGGUCUUUUCUUGCCGGACCCGAAUAGGGCCGCCAUAUGGGAAUAUCCUACAGACUAUUAUCUACAUCAUCCAGAGACUAUGGUCUAUAUUCCUAAUAACAGGUCAUUAACAAAAUGGUGGGACGAUGACGUCAUCCGUUAUUUACCCCGACCUAGUAAUGAGAUGCGUAAAUUAUGUUGUGAGAUAAUUGGAAUGCAGGGUGACACUGCAUUGGAGAUAGUAGACCCCUACCAAGAGUAUAAUAGACCCUUUGAGUAUACCGUCUUUAUGGAGUGCUUUGAGUUUAAGAUGUUGCAUACUCUACGUGACUUAACGCCAUCGUUUACUGAUAACAUAAGCCCGUUCGUGGUACGGGGGCGCGCGCCUGGUCACGUAGUGAAGGGACCGUCAUCGAAAAACCCAGUUAUUAGUGGAAGAUCCAGUACAGCAUCGAAUAAUUCCAGCGAUUCCAACGGAGAUUCAUCAUCAGACGACGACCUAACGAGUUCAACAAUGAGCGCCAGGAUUCCACCAUCUUCAGUUCCGCCCGUCAAGUUUGAAGAAUUAUAUGAGCCACACUUCACCUUUGUUAAGAAAAGCACCAAACCAUUUGUAAAUGAGCCAACCAAGCGAGAUAUGUUGAUGUACAAGCGUUACGUAAACUUCGAGAAGCGAUCAAAUCCGCGUUUUAAGCCCGACAUUCCUAUCGUCUUAACCUGUAGCAGCGCAUUUACAAUCGACAGUUCUGUUGACAUGAUCCCGCCAACUAUUACUAAAACUUCUAAAGAAAUUUACCAGGAAUAUGUAAACCGCGGCACUGGAAAACUCUCCGUACCUCAUGAAUCUAUACAGAUGUACAAAAAUUAUGUAAAUUUUAGUCUAUGA